GCCGCGCCGGGAGGCGCGGGGGCCGGAGCGGAGCCUCCGCGGCUGAGCCCCCCGAGCCGCCCUCGAGGCCGGCGCCCGGUUGCCGGGACCCGGGACAUGGUGCGAUCCGCGCCGCGCCGCCGCUUCCGCUGUCGCUGAGCUCGCGGACCGCCCCGGGUUCGGACGUGGGAGCAGGAAGAUGUUUUCUGCGCUGAAGAAGCUUGUGGGGUCGGAGCAGGCUCCGGGCCGCGAUAAGAACAUCCCCGCCGGGCUGCAGUCGAUGAACCAGGCGCUGCAGAGGCGCUUCGCCAAGGGAGUGCAGUACAACAUGAAGAUCGUGAUCCGCGGGGACAGGAACACGGGCAAGACGGCGCUGUGGCACCGGCUGCAGGGCAAGCGGUUCGUGGAGGAGUACAUCCCCACGCAGGAGAUCCAAGUCACCAGCAUCCACUGGAGCUACAAGACCACCGACGACGUGGUGAAGGUGGAAGUCUGGGACGUGGUGGACAAAGGAAAAUGCAAGAAGCGUGGCGACGGCUUGAAGAUGGAGAAUGACCCCCAGGAGGCCGAGUCCGAGCUGGCCCUGGACGCCGACUUCCUGGACGUAUACAAGAACUGCAGCGGGGUGGUCAUGAUGUUCGACAUCACCAAGCAGUGGACCUUCAACUACAUCCUGCGGGAGCUUCCCAAGGUGCCCACGCACGUGCCCGUGUGCGUGCUGGGCAACUACCGCGACAUGGGCGAGCACCGCGUCAUCCUGCCCGACGACGUGCGCGACUUCAUCGACAACCUGGACAGGCCCCCGGGGUCCUCCUACUUCCGCUACGCUGAGUCCUCCAUGAAGAACAGCUUCGGCCUCAAGUACCUGCACAGGUUCUUCAACAUCCCGUUUCUGCAGCUGCAGAGGGAGACGCUGCUGCGGCAGCUGGAGACCAAUCAGCUGGACAUCGACGCCACGCUGGAGGAGCUGUCGGUGCAGCAGGAGACGGAGGACCAGAACUACGACAUCUUCCUUGAGAUGAUGGAGGCGCGCAGCCGAGGCCACGCGUCCCCGCCGGCCGCCAACGGGCAGAGCCCAUCAUCCGGCUCCCAGUCUCCUGUGGUGCCUCCGAGCGCAGUGUCCACAGGGAGCUCCAGCCCUGGCACGCCCCAGCCGGCACCCCAGCCGCCCCUCCACGCCCCCUCGGCCCCCCCAGCCCCCUCGGAGGCCCCACCCCCCGUGGUCCCCGCCCCACCCCCACGGCGCAGCAUCAUCUCGAGACUGUUCGGGACCUCGCCGGCUGCUGAGGUGGCCCCCUCACCUCCAGAGCCAGCCCCCGCUGCAGAGGCCCCAGGAAAAGUCCAGAAGGUGGAGGAUUUUGUUCCUGAAGACAGCCUUGACCGCAGCUUCCUGGAAGAUACAGCCCCCCCGAAGGACGAGAAGAAAGUCGCAGCCAAGGUCCUGCAGGACAGUGACAGUGAGGGGGAGGCCCCUGGAGGGAACCCGAUGGUGGCAGGCUACCAGGACGACGUGGACCUUGAAGAUAAGCCGCCUGGCAGACUUCUGAUGCCCACAGGCCCCAUCCCUGAGGAAAAGCUCCCUCCGUCCAGCGAGGAGGAAGCAGAGGAGGUGGCAGAGCACCCCAAGGCCACUGCCCUAGCCCCCGAGAAGUGCUCUGAGCCAGAGACCAAGAGGUCCUCCGCAAAGGCCUCAAGGCCACAUCGGGGCGCAGCUCCCAGGACCACAGAGCCCCUCUGGUCGGGUGGCACCAAGCCCCCCACUGAGGGCUCCUCCCGAGGGCACGAGGACAGGAGGGACAAGCAGGAGUCCUCAGAGAGCGACCCCGAGGGGCCCAUUGCCGCCCAGAUGCUGUCCUUUGUCAUGGACGACCCUGACUUUGAGAGCGACUCAGAUACUCAGCGGACAGCGGGGGAGUUCCCCGAGCGAGAGGACCUCUCUGAUGGGACGGACGACGACGCCGGCCCUGUCCAGCCGCCUCCGCCCGCCAAGCCCCCUGCCCCCACCUUCAGGCUGAAGAACGACGCUGAUCUCUUUGGGUUGGGGCUGGAGGAGACCCGCCCGAAGGAGAGCAGCGGGGAAGAUAAGGAGGGCAAGGCUCCCUCGAGGGAGAAGAAGAAGAAGAAGAAGAAGAGCGGAGAGGAGGAGGAAAAGGCAGCAAAGAAGAAGAGCAAGCACAAGAAGAGCAAGGACAAGGCAGAGGACAAGGGCCGGGAGGAGAGGCGGCGGCGGCGGCGGCCGCGAGGCCCGGAGAGGACUGCGGUGGAGGAGCUGGAGGCCUUCCUGGGGGGCGGGGCCCCGGGCGGCCACGCCCGCGGGGGCGGGGACUACGAGGAGCUCUAGUCCCGGCCGCCGCCGACCACGCCCACUGGGCGGGGGCGGGGCCUGCCCUGCGGGGAGGGGGCCGCGGGCUCUGCGGGCAGCCGGCCCCCAGCGCUUCUCAGGGAUGGGACUGAGGCCGAGGAGGCCUGCCAGGCUGUUUACAGGGGUGGGGCCCUGCUUGCCCCCGGCCCCCCGCACGCGCGCACCCGGCCGGCUGCAUGCGGGUGGCCUCCGCUUCUUGCUGCGGCUCGGCCAGCGCUGCGGACCGCCGGUCCCCCCGGCCCUCGGGGCUCUGCGUGCAGACGCCGGGCAGCGCUGGCACCUCUCUCGGGGGAGGCUCUCCCCAGGCAUGGCGUCUAGCUUUGCGCCUGCACCCGAGCUCGGGCGUGCGCACAGGCCGGGUCAGAGGCCCCGCACUCUCAUUUCCUCUCACUCUCCUCCACCACCACCCGGCCCAUAAAGCGCUCCUGUUUUACUGCG